AUGGCCGCGGGCGCCCGGCCCGGCCCGGGGGAGGGCGCGCGGCACCUCCGCCUUCAGCGGCACUCGCGCACCCACACACCAGGCUCCCUCGCAGGCAGGUGGGAAGCCACAGAGGACCAGAGCCUGGAGAAAGCACUGCUUCAGUUGGAAGAGGAGCAGCAAAGGUGUGAGAAUCUGGCUGAAGUGAACACUCUCCUGCGGGAGCACCUUGAGAACGCGAACGAGGUGAAUGCAGCCCUCCAAGAGGACGUUGGCAAACUGACAGCGGAUUGGAUGAGGGCGCGGGAGGAGCUGGAAGCGAAGGAGAGGGAAUGGCGCAGGGAACGUGAGCUUUAUGACAGCCACUUCAGGGAUGAACGUAACCGUCUGCUCAGCCUGUGGCGUCAAGUGGUGACCUUCCGCCGUCAGUUCCUGGAGAUGAAGACUGCCACUGACCGAGAUUUGUCAGAGCUGAAGGCAGAGCAAAUGAGGCUUUCUGGAUCUGUAAUUGUAAACUGCUCCUGCCUAAACUCUGGCAUACAGCUCUGGGAGUCCAUCACUCUGAGUAGACCUGUCUUGAAGGAUCAGGAACAGCAGCAAGUGGGACAGGAAAUAAACCAGAAGACUCAGGAAGUGAUGUGCUUACAAGCCCAGGAGGACUUGGAGAAGAAGGAGCUUCAAGACAGGGUGAUGGAGCUCUCAGCCUUGCUUGUACAGUCUCAGAAGCAGAACGAGGAGAAGGAGAAGACCAUGAAAACACUUAACGACACUGUGGAGAUUCUAGAAGCAAGUCAGUUAGAGAGAGAAUAUGAAGCUUCAUUGAGUAAAAGUGCCAAAGAAGAGAAUCUUUCCCUCCAAAAGCUGAUAAAAGAUAUAACUGAGGUGGUGUUAGAGGACAGUGACAGCACGGUCAGCAUUAUCUGCACUGACCGUUCCCAGCAUGCAGAGUCUGGCAACACCCUCUCUUGUCUGAGCUCCGUUACUGCAGAGCAUACCUUUGUGUUGAUUCAGGAAGCACUGGCAAGGAGGCGAAGAGCAACACAGGUCCUAAAAGAAGAGCUUUCUGCCAGGCAGGACUCUCUCCAUUUCCUGCAGCACCAGCACAGGCAGCAGGAAGAGAAGUGCAGGAAGCUGCAGCAGAGGCUUGAGCAACUGGAGGAGGAACACGAGACGUCCAGCAGCCACCAGCAGCACCUCCAGUCUCUGGUAGAAGGGCUCAGAAGUGACUGUGCAAACCUCGAGAAAACCAGGGAAGAGCUACAGCAACAGCUUGAUGCAGUGGAGCAAGAAACCUCGCGUCUGCGUCAAAUUAACACUGAACUGCAGCUGAAGGAAGAUUCAGCCCAGGGGGAAAAGAUGGAGCAGCAACAGACCAUGGAGAGAGCGCGUCGUAACCAGGAGCUGCUACUGAAGGACUUAGCGGCACUUGAAGAAAAACAUUCCUUAUUACAGAGUGAGUUGGUGGUUACGAGAGAGGCACUGGAGGAAUCGCACCUUCAGAGGGAUCUGCUGAAGCAAGAAAAACGUGAGCUUAGCACGGCCCUGGAGAAGGCAGAGCAGUCAGUGGCAGAACUGACAGUGGCUCAGAACAAGCUGAGUGCUGAACUCACUGAUCUGCGUGUGGCAACAGCCAACGUGAGCGGUAUCAAUGAAGCUCUGGCCCUGGAUAAAGUGCAGCUGAACAAAAUUGUGCUGCAGCUGGAGGGAGAGAAUGAAGCUCUGUCGGGUGAAGUGGAGGAGAUGGAGAGAGCAAAGAUCUCUGCCCAGGAGCAGCUGAGCUUGUGUGAAAGAAGAAAUGAAGAGCUCUGCGCAGAGAAAGCACAGCUGGAGCAGCUGCUGAAGAAAGCGGAGGAGCACCAAGAGGGUCUGCGGGUAGAGCUGAGGAUCCUGGCAGGGGAGAAGGAAGAAGCCCAAGAGAAACUCAUUGAGGCUCACGGCCAGCUGGAGUCGGCGAGCAGUGGCCUGGAGCAGUUGCGCCAGGAGUCCUGUGGCCAAGGGCACGCACUGGCCGUGGUGUGUGAAGAGAAGGACUUGCUGGUGCGUGAGAAGGCUGCCCUAGAGGUGCGAGUGGCAGCCAUGGAGCGGGACAGACACGGCCUUUGCGAGCAGCUGGCAGAGGGCAGGUCAGUGAAGGAGACCCUGGAAUCCAGCUUGUUUGAGGCUCAGCAGCACUUAUCUCAGCUGGAGAUCGCCAAGAGUCAUCUUGAAAUGCAGCUGCACACAGUCACACAGGCCAAGGAGGUGAUCCAAGGGGAGGUGAAGUGCCUGCGAUGGGAGCUGGAAGCAGAAAGAGAUCUCCUGAAGCAGGAACGGGAACAGGCAGCGCAACAGCUCUUGCGGACAGAACAGCAGCAUAAGGAUACCCUCAGACUUCAGGAAUCUGAUCACAAAGCGGAGAUGAACAAGCUCCUGCAAGACCUGGCGAGCGAGCGGGAAGGGCACCGUUCAGAGCUGCGGGAGAUGCUGGAGCAAUGGCAAAAAGAGAAGGCAGAGGCAGAAGGGGAGCACGCGAAGAUGCUGUUUGAGAUGAAGCAGAGAGUUGCUACUGUGCAAGCUCAACAUGAAGAGGAACGAAUCAGAGCAGAAAAUGCCAAGCAAGAGGUCCUGCUGGAAAAGGAGCGUGAGAAGAGUGCUGUGUUAGAGAGGCUGCGGCAAAGGGAGGGAGAGCUGAGAGAAGUGUCGCAGCAGCUGGAGCAGCUCAGGCAGGAGGUGAAAGAGCAGCAAGAGAAGGGACAGAAGGUCACAGAAAAGCUGCAAGCAGAGCUGCAGGAAGCUCAGAGUACGAUGAAGGCAGUGGAGAAGAGGCACAAGGAAGAAAUCAACACCGUGAGAGAGGAAAUGCAGAUCCUUCAUCAGCAGAGGGAUGUCCUACAAAACCAGGUGGAAGAGUUGACAUCUCAGCUAGCAGCCUCCGAAGAGUCCCAGCAAGUGAUUGGCCGCAAAGCUCAGCGAGAUCUGAGUGAGGCACAGGAACUGUCAAGGCAGAAAAUGCUGGAGGUUGUGCACCUCCAGAAGAUCCUGGAAGAGAAGAGGAGUCAAUGGGAGGAGGUAGAACAUCAGAACAAGGAGCUUCAAGUGUGUCUGCAGUCUUUGGAGGAGGAAAAGAGUCGGUGGGAAGAAGUGGAGCGUCACAACACAGAAUUUCAGACUUCAUUGAAGGUCCUGGAGAGUGAAAAAGCCAGACUGACUCUGUCUCUGGAAGAGAAGGAACUGAGCCUCAGAACCCUGGAAGAAAACAACCUUGCCCAGCACAAUGAGGUGUCUCAGCUUCUUUCUGCUAUUCACCAGGCCCAGCAGCUCCAUUCAGUUCACAGAAGAGAAAUACUUCUCACCCUUUCUCACCAGAUACAGUCACUGCAGGAGGUUGUGCUGGAGAAGGAGGCUGGCCUGGCAACUCGAGAGAAGCAGCUGCUACAGGACCUGGAGGAGUCCCAAGCAGGCGAGCGGGGCUUGAGGGACUCUCUGCGCCUGCUAGAGGCUGAGAUGUCUGAACUGCGCUUGAGGCUUUGUAGCACAGAGAACAGAGCAAAGGCAUUGGCCGCAGAGUGUCAGCAGGCGAACAGUGCCCGCUGUGAAGCCCAAUCCCAGCUGGACAAACUGCGCUUGGUUCUCCACCGCCUGAUGUGUGACAGCAGAGACUUAGUCCCUUGGAGUUCAGAACAGGGUCACGUCUGGGGCCAGACUGUUUCUCAGGCCAGGGACCUCCCUGCAGAGCUCACUGUGGACAGAGUGACAGCAGCCCUACAAGACCUGCAUCAGCACCUGAAGCAGACUCAGCAAGAUCAGAAUGAUGCGAGGAAGAAGAUACAGGACUUGGAGCUGGAGCUGAGCAAGAGGCAAGCUGAGAGGGAUCAUUUCAGUGCCCACAAUCAAGAGCUGCAGAAACAGUUGGCUCAGAGCCAGGAAGAGACACAGGUGGCAGAAUGCAAGAGGAACUCUCUACAGGCUGCCCUGCAGGAAGAGGCUGCUGCUCGAAAGGAGGAGGCUAUGGCUCUACAUCAAGAGGUGGCAUCUUUGGAAAGGAAACUGGAGAGGGCUGAGAAGCAAAGGCAGGAUGUCCUGCAUGAACGAGACAAACUGCAAGCAGUUAAAGAAAAACUGGAUUGGGAGCUAAAAAUUCUUCAGGAAUCAGUGACAGCCUCUGAAACCCGAGCAAAUACAGCAACAGAUGUGAACCACUCCCUUGCACAAGAACUCCACACUACACUGUCCGUGUUAAAAAUCAAAAAUGAGGAAGUGGAAACGCAGUGGGAGAAAAUCCAGAUGCUCCAGAAAGAGGCAGCAGAGGUAAAAGCUUUGCAGGAGAAUCUCACUCAUAUGACUGCCAUCCUGUCCGAGAGGGAGGGAGAAAUGAAGUUAUGCCAGGAAAAGAUGAGAAUGCUGGAAAAGCAGAAAGAAAUGGAUAAAACUACUCUUGAUCAGGUUAUUAAGGACAUAAUGGAGAAAAAAGAGAAGACAGAAUCCCAGCAAGAAUGCAUACAGGAGCUGGAGAAGCAGCAAGAAAGACAAAGGAUUGCUGUAAGAAAAAUGAGCAAAGAGCUGGAGCAGAGAGACCAGGAGAUCAGAUCCCAGCAAGAACUGAUAGCAGAGCUGGAGAAACAGCGAGAAAUGCAGAGGACUGUGGUGAGCAAGAUGAGCAAAGAGCUGGAAGAGAGAGACCAGGAGGUCAGAUCCCAGCAAGAAGAGAUACGGGAGCUGGAGAAACAGCGAGAAACGCAGAGGAGUGCCUUCAGCAAGAUGAGCAAAGAGCUGGAGGAGAGAGACCAGGAGGUCAGAUCCCAGCAAGAACUGAUAGCAGAGCUGGAGAAGCAGCAAGAAACGCAGAGAACUGCUGUCAGCAAGAUGAGCAAAGAGCUGGAGCGGAGAGACCAGGAGAUCAGAUCCCAGCAAGAACUGAUAGCAGAGCUGGAGAAACAGCGAGAAAUGCAGAGGACUGUGAUGAGCAAGAUGAGCAAAGAGCUGGAAGAGAGAGACCAGGACGUCAGAUCCCAGCAAGAAGAGAUACGGGAGCUGGAGAAACAGCGAGAAACGCAGAGGAGUGCCUUCAGCAAGAUGAGCAAAGAGCUGGAGGAGAAAGACCAGGAGAUCAAAUUCCAGGAGGGGAAAAUAAUGAUUCUAGAACAACAUGGUACAUCACAAGUCAGAAAUCUGCUUGUGGAUCUUGAUCAUAUGAGAGAAAACUUGAAGGAGAAAAACUUAGAGCUUAUGUGUCUGACUCAGCAGAUAGAAGAACUGGAAAUGGAGAGAGAAGAGGUGAAAUCUCUGCACACAAACCUUGAACACCUGAGGGCAGUUCUUAAGGACAGAGAGAACGAGUGUGAUUCUAAAAGGGAUCAGUUAAGACUCUUGCAGCAGUACAAGGAACAGCAAGAGGGGCACCUGCAAGAGCUUCAUGGUAAAGUAGAAAAGUUGACACUUUCUUUAUCUAAAAAAGAUCAAGAGCUUGAGUCACAACACAAGCAAAUCCAGGAAGCUAAAGAAGGCCUGGAAAUGCGGUUAAGGACUGUCCGUGACCAACUGGAGCAGGCCUUAGAAACCUUAAAAGAAAAGGACAGGCUCAUAGACGUCCAAAAGCAACAAGCAAAGAAUUAUGAGGAAAAAACAGAAGAACAGAUGAAUGUCUUACACAGAGACUUACAAUACACUAAGGCAAUACUGAAGGAAAAGGAAUUCAUGAUUCAAUCUCAGAAGGAAGUGAUUGUGGCCUUACAAAAACAAGAACAGAACUCUGAACAGCAGAAGGAAACUCUGCAGCAUCUUCAAGUGGAACUAAAAGAACAAGAACAAGAAAUUUUAUCCCUUAGACAGCAAUGUGAGGCAUGCAAGGAAAAGGAGGAAAAGCAUGAAGCGGAGCAAACAAAUCUUCAAGCAACAAAUCUGACUCUGAAAGAAAGAGAAGAAAAGAUACGUGUUCUGGAGGAGGCUAUCUCUAAGCUUCAACAGCAAAAGGAGGAGGCAGUGAUGCAGGCUAAAGCCAUAAUGCAAAAACUAGAGUACGCUGAGUCUUCUAUAGAAGCUAGAGAUCAAGAGAUAGUGUCUUUGCAAGAGCGUAUCCAGGACCUCCAAGAGCAGAAGGAGUUAGAAGGCAAGCAGGUCAAGAGUCUCCAGCAGGAUCUAGACAAAAUGACCAAAAUAGUGAAGGAGAACCGUUUGGAGUUCCUCAGGCAGACAGAACAAAUGAACAUGUUCCGGCUUCAUGGCGAAAGCAUGAAAGUAGAACUAACAUCAUGCCGGAAGCAAGUGAAUCUGCUGCAGGAAGCGGUGAGGAAGAGAAAUGAAGACAAUGAAACUCUUAUGCAAAACCUCCAGCACCAAGAACAAGAACUGAAGACCUUGCAGAAUCUCCAGCUUAGGCUAACUGAGAAGAAUGAAGAGGUUAGACACCACAGAGAGCAAGAGAAGCUCCUGGAAGAAGCCUUGCCUGAGAGGGAACAAGAGACUGAGGCUCAAGGUGAGCAAAAAGAGUUAGAAGAGGAAAUAAGAGGUCUUCGGGAAGAUCUGCAGCAUGUUCAGCAGACUCUGACAAAGAAGGAUGAAGAGAUCAAGUCCCAGAGAGACAGAGUCAGGUCUUUAGAGAAGACUCUGGCAAGGAGGGAACAAGAGCUGAGGAGGCAGAGUGGACUCCUGAAACAAUUGACAUCAGCUUUGCGAUGGAAAGGUGAUGAUGAGACGCUAAAGAAACAACUGCAGAAACUCCGAAAGUGGGAGGAAGAGGAGGCAGAGAAGAGGAGAGUUCUCCAGGAGAGAGAGGGUCUCUUGCAAAGGCAGAAGGAGCUCACCCAGCAACUGGAAGAUGAGCGGAAAGCAAAGCAGGAAGCAGUGGAGCGUGUGAUAGCUAUUUUGAAGCAGACCGAAAGCGGAGAAAUGGAAUGGAAGGAGAAGGCACAAGCACUGACUCGCGCCCUUUCCAAGAGCGAAAUGUCCAACAAGACUCUGAGGGAAGAAAUCGCCGUCCUGCAGAGUAUGGUUUCCGAGAGGGACAGGGACCGGUUCCAUCUUCAGCAGCCUGUUGCAGAAGGGCAGCAGCUACCAUGGCCCUCAGAGAAGAGACUCCUGUCGGAGCGGGUGGAAUGUCUGGAGCGAGCAGUGGCACAGCUGGACCUGGAGAAGAUGGAGCUGAAGAUCUACAAUGCUGACCUCAGGAGGAUUCUUGAGGAGGUGGAACGUGAGCGGAGGAGACUGAAGAGCCUUUGCAGAGGUCGGUCGCUGCCAGAUGCAGGUGGAGUUUUUCUUGCUGAGGCUGAGCAGCACGAGAUGCCUGCUUCUAGCCAGGAGGACUUCAACGCACACUGCAGUCGUUGAGUAGCUGAGUUGCAGAACCAGGUGUCCCUUCUGCAGACGCAGCUGGUGCAAGAACGAAAAUACAAGCAGGACUAUAUUGAGUGCUGUGCAAAGACCAACCAGGAGCUGUCAGACCUUCACCAAGAGCUGGCUAACUCCUUAGCAGCUGUGGUCAGGGAGCCCGAACCUGCUGUUCUGGAAGCAGAGGCCCAGAAGCUUGAUCAGUCUCUGAACGUCAACUUGGCACCAGUAUCUCUGGACCAUCAGUCUCCUGAGAGACAGCCAUUGCAUUCAACAGCCACAUGCACCAGAAGCGAUGACCUGAGGUAA